AUGAAGCGGCAUUUUCCUAGUUUACCUAUAUUACUGAAAUGUGAGACGGUAUCGUUACAGCAAGGGACACAGCGAUGCCGUUUUCAAACCGAAGUAUUAGGACUUGAUGAUAUUUUUGGACUUAUAGCUAUAACAUUAUCAGUAUUUUGGAUUGAUGAAUUUCGUAAGCAUUUUCAUAAUCAAAAACAAGGUGAUGAUUAUGGAAUUGUUGCAGCUAUAGAGAUGGAUAAGUGUUUUCUGUAG